AUGAAUUACAGUGGUUCACAUCGCGUGAAAUUAUUAAGCUUCUACCGAAAGGGCACUUUGCGGACACCUCGACACAGCCGGGCCAACUCAUUUGUCAAGAAGUUAACCCGACACCAUCACCACAAUGUGCUGGCUGUCAUUGAACGCAAUUAUGACGACCAGUAUAACAAAGUGCUGGACAAACGUCAGGAGAGACCCAAACGGAUCACAUUCUUGACCCAAAUAUCCACGAUAUCCGCGGUCUCUAUGACGUCGAUGGAGACGUUGUCGCGAGCGCUCAGCGAAUCCAAAGAACUCUUACUUCACAUCUCAGCCGUCGAUCUCAUAGAAUGGCCUCAAUAUCGGUGGUAUCGCAGGAUAUUGGAGUGCAUUAAAGCCAUCCCUUACUUCGUAAUGACUCUUUGCAUACCUGUCGUGGACUUAGAGAGUCCUAAACACAAUUGGUGUCGACUCUUGACGUGUAUUCAUAUGAUAUUCGCGCCACAAAUCGGUCUCUUCUUUCUCGAGCAAACAAAUUUCCUGAUUAACGACUCAUUUCCUCUUUGGGCGGUUCUCUUGUUGUGUUCGUUGGGAGUGUCGGUCCUCUUAUACCUCACGUCCAGACCCUCGGAACCGCCUAUUUAUCAUAAUUUCUUAAGUGAUGCUAUACUGGGUCUUAUAAUAUUAGCCUGGGGUAACAGUCUAGACUUAAUAUCAGACCUAUCAAUGGCACGACGUGGUUAUCCAGGUAUCGGCAUCUCUGCUUGUUUUGGUGGACCACUGCUUAACUUACUUUUGGGUUUGGGAUUACCCUAUACUAUACUCUUAGUUGAUGAACCAGAGGAUGACGGGGUUGAGUUAGUGUACAACCACAUGGAUUGA